AUGUUGUAUCACACAACAUGGUUGGUGGCGAAAUUAGAUCCCAUCAAGUAUAUCUUUGAAAAACCCUGCCUGUCUGGAAGAGUAGCUCGAUGGCAAGUUCUAUUGUCUGAGUAUGACAUUGUGUAUGUGUCCCAAAAAUCAAUCAAAGGGAGCGUCAUCGCUAAUUUCCUUGCAAAUCGAGCUAAUAAGGAUUAUGAAUCUGUAAGUUUUGAUUUUUCAGAUGAAGAUUUGAUGGCCGUCUUGCACAUAAAAAAUGGUGGUCCCAAUGAACUUAAUCCAUGGAAGGUGUACUUUGAUGGAGCAUCCAAUGCUUUGGGGCACGGAAUCGGGGCAGUGUUGAUUUCUCCAAAUGGAAAGUACUAUCCAGUCACGGCGAGAUUGAAUUUCAAUUGUACUAACAAUAUGGCGGAGUAUGAGGCGUUGGUAAUGGGAUUACAAGCAGCAAUUGAGAUGAAGGCUGACGCGAUAGAUGUUUACGGAGAUUCGACUUUAGUGAUAUGUCAAAUGAGAGACGAAUGGGAAACUAGAGAUUCUAAUCUAGUUCCAUAUAAAAAGCUGGUUACAGAAUUAAGCAAACAGUUCAAAAAAAUCAGCUUCAACCAUUUGCCUCGAGAAGAGAAUCAGAUUGCUGAUGCUUUGGCCACCCUCGCAGCGAUGUUCAAAAUAAAAGAGGCGGCUGAUGUACGCCCUUUUGAUUUAGAAGUCCGUGAAGUCUUCGCACACUGCUUGAAUGUUGAAGAAGAGGUUAAUGGUAAGCCGUGGUAUCAUGAUAUCAUGCAAUACAUCAAACACCAGGCAUAUCUUGAGAAUGUCACGAACAAUGACAAGCGAACUCUUAAAAGAUUAGCAAUGAGUUUCUUCCUUAGCGGAGAAGUGCUCUACAAAAGGAGUCGAGAUCAAGUACUCUGGAGAUGCGUGGAUGUUGCGGAAGCCAACAAAAUAAUGAAAGAAGUCCACGAAGGAACUUGUGGAGCUCAUGCUAAUGAACAUAUGUUGGCUAGACAAAUUAUGAGAGCUGGUUACUAUUGGUUGACAUUGGAAUCAGACUGCAUAAACUUUGCUCGAAAAUGCCACAAGUGUCAAGUAGAAGCAGCUUCCUAUGCUAAUGUGACACAAAAGGUGGUGUGCAGGUUCAUUCAAAAGGAGAUCAUAUGUCGAUAUGGGCUGCCGAAAAAGAUCAUUACUAAUAAUGCAAGCAAUUUGAAUGGUGCGAUGGUGAAAGAGGUUUGCACUAAAUUCAAGAUCAAGCAUCAUAACUCGACGACUUACCGUCCGAAGAUGAACGGAGCGGUAGAGGCAGCCAACAAAAAUAUCAAAAAGAUUGUCGAAAAGAUGACUGAAGUUUAUAAAGACUGGCAUGAGAAGCUUCCUUUUGCCUUGCAUGCAUAUCGAACUUCUGUGCGUACCUCCACCGGGGCAACUCCGUACUCAUUAGUGUAUGGUACAAAAGCAGUUCUACCUGUUGAAGUAGAAAUCCCAUCAUUGAGAGUGUUGAUGGAAACAGAAUUGGAAGAUGCUGAGUGGGUCCGUUUCCGCUACGAGCAAUUGAAUCUGAUUGAAGAGAAAAGGCUUGCGGCUCUUUGUCAUGGUCAGAUGUACCAACGAAGGAUGAUUCGAGCAUAUGAGAAAAAAGUUCAUCCCAGGCAGUUUCGAGAAGGAGAGUUGGCUCUCAAGAGAAUACUCCCUAAUCAAACUAAUUUUCGGGGAUAG